AGAAUGAUAAUGGUAGAGAAGAAUCAUCAGAUGGUAAGUGAAGAGAACCUUACAUUAAACCUAAUAGAAACUCAGUCGUAAAGAAAAUAAUCAUUCAAAAAGAGUUAUUGGAAUAAAAAAUGUUCUCAUUUUAACUAUUUAUUGUCUAGAUGAACAAAACGAUGAACUUGCUAUAUGUUCAUCUGAUCGUCAUGAACCAACACCUAGUCAAUUAUCAAUAGUAACAUGGUUUUAUGAUAUGAUGAUCUAUUGUUAUUGGUAUCAGUUAUUGCUAAUCUCACUUGGUUUAAGUAUUGGUCUGUCUUGGCAGUGGCUAAUAUUAGUAUUAGUCAUCAUUGGUAUCCGUAUUGUUAGAUCUUCAACACAGAUCUCGAACCAUCAACGUGACGGAAGAUAUCGCAAUUCUCAAACAUCUCAUUCAAACAAUUCACGUUCUAAUAGAAAUAGACAUGUAGUAAAUGGUAUUCCUCAACCAUCGGCUAUUGUCUUAACUGCAUUUAUACUCUUCGCAGCUGUUAUAAUCUUGACUUAUACACCAUUAGAAAUUCAAGAUACACAACCGCAUGAUAUUAUAAUGCCUAACAAUAUGAAAAACAUGCAUCAAAAUCUUUCUAUAAAUAAUGAAAAUAGUGGUAUUAAUGCAGAAGCAACAUUAUAUAAUAAUUCCGAUGAUGAUAUUACAACAACACUUACAUCUUAUGAAGCAAAUAUUCAGGCCAUCGUUAGAGAAAGUAUUGCAACCGAAGCAGUUGACAAUGCAACAUAUAAUCGGAAUCAUGUUGAUUUGAUCGACAUUGAAACUCAAAUACUUUUGAAUUAUGAUAGUAAUGAAGAAAAUGAACAAAUUUUUAGUUCUGAAGUUGAGCCUUAUAUGGAUGAUGAAGAUGAUUCGACUGAUGAUAUUGGAACAGGUCUUGAUUCUGACAAUGAUUUUUAUACGAAUUCUGGAAGUGAUUCAAACGAUGAUCAAACCGAUGAUAAUGAUGAUAUAAGUUUUAUCUCGCAUAUUAGUUAUGAUACGACUAGUGAUGAUGAUUCAAUCGAUGAUAAGGAUGAAAUUAGUGUUAGUAUAGAUAGUAGUUUUGGUACAAGUAAUGAAAAUGAUUGGUCUAUUAACAAUGAUGAAACAGAUAUUGUCGAUGAAGUUGAAAAUAAAACACCGUUAGAUCGAACAAUUUCAGCCAUUGAACAAUCUGUUAUAUUAACAUUAUCAUCAGAUUCAUCAUCUGAUCAAACAUUAAAAAUUAAAGAAAAUGCUGAUACUUUAAUUGAUAUUGAUCGUCAAGAAAUGGUAUCUUCUACUGAUCCAAAUAAUAUGGACAGUAAGAUAAAAACAAAUUCUGUUGGUUUAAAUGAGCAAUUGAAUGAAGACAGCACUUCACCACAAGCAGUUGAUGAUUCAAGACAUAUUAGAGAUCCUGAUGUUGGAGCAGAAGAUCUACAACCGAACCAUGAUAAUAAUGAAGAAGAUGAAGAAAUCGCCGACUCUGAAAUUAAUCUUCGAACUGAUGAUAAAAAUGAUGAUCUGGUUCAUAAUGAUAUUCAAAGAGAUCGAGUUUCACCGAGCUCUGAAUUACUCUUUAACAAUGAUGAAAAUAAUAUACACUUCGAUCGAAUCACAACUACUGAUAUACAUUCCGCUCCACAAACUUUAUCAAUGGGUUCAUCAUCUGAUCAAUCAUUACAAAUUGAACAAAAGCCUGUUGAUCAAACUGAAGUUGAUCAUCAAAAUCUGAUACCUUCUACUCGUGCAACGAGUAUUCAUUUACAAAAGCAUCCAAAUUCCGUCGAUUCUAAUGAAGAAUCGUCGAAGAAAAAUGUUCCAUAA